AUGGCAUACGUGAGAAGAAAUGUGGCGUCCCGCCCACGCGUUCGCCCUCCCGGUAAGCACUGUUUUUGCGUUUCUUUCAGUUGCAAAACGUCCAGUCGGUUUUCGAGAUUUGAUUUCUUCCGUUUUGCAGGCAAUUAUCCGACGUCUGUCGAGUUCCGAACUCCGGCCUCUUUAGAGAACGGCAUCCCCUACGCAAUGAUCUUCGGACUUUACGCCCGUGAUAUCCCUGGUUCGUACUUAUUUUUUUAAUAAAUAUUAGCCGUUCCACGGUCUCCAGAGCUGACAAUAUGGGCGUGGCCUCGGCCAAAUGGCGUUUUCAUGAAUUGAGCAGGUUUUCUCUGAUUUUUGUGGUCAAAGGCGAUGAAAAAUGAUUGUUCGUCAUGAAAACACACUAAUUCUCGGAAUUAAUGACGUUUUGGCGCUCAUUUUUCGCUGACUUUGCUUUUUCGCCGCCGAACUUCUCAUUUUGCGCUUUCUUGACCGUUCUCACACAGAAUUGGUUUUGAGAAUGAUAAUUCACAAACAUUUUGUAAAUACAAACAUUUUGAGCGCUCGAACCGCGAAAACUACCGAAAAGCAACUGAAAUUAACGCAGUUUUAGCCAAAAACCUUCAUACGGAUAAAUGUGAUUUGCGACUUGACCAAAUUUAACGCUCUUUUGCCUUAAAAAAUUCGUAAUAGCCUAUAAAAUCGGUGUAUCGCGAGACAAAUGAGAAAUUAUCGGUUUUUCGUGGCUAAUCUUGCAAAAAACACAAAUGUUGCAGUUAAAAUUUGAAUUUCGCGCCAAUGUAUCGCUCUCUACGCACUUGCGCCCAUUGUCAGCUCUGGAGACCGCGUCCAAGCCUUUUUCCGCGCGCCAAACCUUCAGAUGCGCGCUGUUCGAAGAAUACCGAUUAAUUUUCCCAAUUUUUGUGGGAAUGAGUUUAUUAUGAUUGAAACUAACAAAGAGCAACAAGUAACUCGCAACAAUUUCUUGGCUUUGAGAAUGAUAAAUCACGUAAAUACAAGCAUUUUGAGCGCUCGAACCGCGAAAACUACCGAAAAGCAACUGAAAUUCACGCAGUUUUAGCCAAAAACCUUUAAACGGAUAAAUGUUAUUUGCGACUUGACCAAAUUUAACGCUCUUGCGCUUAAAAAAUUCGUAAUAGCCUAUACAAUCGGUCUAUCGAGAGACAAAUGAGAAAUUAUCGGUUUUCCGUGACUAAUCUGGCAAAAAACACAAACUUUGCUGUUAAAAUUUGAAUUUCGCGCCAAUGUAUCGCUCUAUUGGGCAGGGCGCACUUGCGCCGUGCAUUGUCAGCUCUGGAGACCGUGCGUUCAUUGUCCCGCCGUGCCUAAAUAUUACUUUCCAGAUGAUCCGUUCUCCAACUUUGUCGACAACAUCCGAGUGCUCGCCCGUCUCGCCAACGGAAUCGCCCUCGAGAUCGGACUGACCGACGGCUCCGUUCCCGCCGAUGACGUCAUCAUCGAGCUGCUCCGUCUGGGAACUCUCAAGCCGGAGCACUUUGCCGAACUCGAGUCCAAGCUGAAGCCGCCGGUUGCGACCUUGGAGAAUUUGAUCAGUUCAUUGGCCGAUUCGACCGGACUCGUGAAUGCUGAGCAACGUCUUCUGGAUUUGGAGCAUCUCCGAGUGAUGUCUUCAAAACUGAGAGAUUUGAAGAACCUGGCUGGAAUGAAGAGUUACCUUGUCGAGCUCAAUAACGUCGAGAAGAUCGUCAUCGACCCGGGCAAAGUGAAAAAAUUGAAAACUGCUCUAGAGUUGAACAACUAUUUGGCGUUUGUUAACAAAUGGACAGAAUCGGACUUUUACAAGCUUGAAGCACUGCGUAAAGAACUCUUGAAUUUCGAAGCCGCCGCCAAGAAUUUCAAGUCGGAAAUUUCCAAGAUUGAGAAGUUGAAACAAUUUCAAAGCAAGUCUGAAUUUAUCAAUCAACUUGUCGAAGAGAGCAAAGCACGCGAGGCUUUCGACAAAGUUGUGAUCGGACAAGCGGAUGAGGAUGAUCUUAUCGACAACGUCAAAAAGUACCAGAAUGCGACAGAGCUCGUGAAGAAUUCCCAAUCGACGCUUUCUGAUGUGAAUCAGCUGAUCUCCGCCCGUCUUCGGACCGUUCCGACCACUCUGAAGCAUUCGAUCGGUCUGCCGAACGGAGUUCAGGACCUGCAAGCAUUUCCCGCCGCUUUGGACGAUAAUUGGCUUCGAAAACACGGCAAUAUCAACGAGUCGAUCAGCACAAAUCUCAAAACGGCAUUCAGAGUUUUGGAUCGUUUCGAUCUUGAGUUGGGCGGACUGGAAACAUCAUUGGGCGGAAUCGCGGACACGGAUCUCAAUUCGGCCGAAUCCGUCACUCAACUGUUAGCUCAGAUGGCCGGUUCGGAUGAUUUGACGGGGAAGACGAACAAAGUGAUGAAGUGCUAUACUGCAAACACACUGAAGGCGAUCCCCAUCAGUGACAUCGCAACUGCUCGCACCCCCAUCGAAAAGCUGAAUGCAAAGUUGGACAAGCUGAGCACGUUCGCCGAAGUGACGCGACUGGAAGAUCUCAGCAAGUUCACCAAGGUAAUUGACUUUCAAGGCAAAACGACGGACGCCGAGAAGGAGCAGGUGGCCAAAGUGAUUCUGCAAGCGUUCAAGAAUAUGGAAGGAGACGUCAAAGCGAUGAUUGCAUUGCUGGAAGAAGUACAUUCUCAACUUGAAUUACUUCAAAAAUUACCGACUGAACUUCAACAAUUGGCUCAGACAAUCAGGACCAACUUCACGAAAAUCGAAAGAUAUCACCAGAGUCUGAUCAAGUCCAAGUUCCUGGAACUGUACAGUUGUCUCGGCGAUGAUGUCGGUGCGGACGGUGUGGUCGUGAAGGACAUGAUCCAAGGAAUCCGCUCCCUUCGCGGUUACGGUCACAACGAGACGAUGACAUCCGCCGAAACCGCUCUGGACUCAAUCGUUAAGUUAUCCGGAGGAAUGACGAGGGCUCGGAAUUCGGGACAAGAGUUGAAAAAAGUGUCGGUCAAGGAGGCGAUGGCUCUGAAAUCUGCGGUGCCGAAUGCUCAAGAUCAUGCUCAGAAGCUCGGAUCGGCUGCUCAGGGACUCGCGAAUAUCGAAAAAGUUCUGAAGGUCAGAAGACAAUUGGAUAAGCUGCCGAACGACUUUGGAUUCAUCAAAGACGGAAAGAUCAAGACGGAAUUCGCAUCGCUGAAGACAUCGAUCAGCCAAAUGUUCAGCCAGAUUGACACCUACAAAAGCAAGUUGAGCACAUUGAAUGUGACAAAUCUGCACAGCUACACUCCGAUGUUCGAAGAAGCGAAGAAGAUCGAAAGUGUGCGACUGGAUGUUCUGAAGAUGAAAGAGGCAGUGGAGAGUCUGAAGGAUCCGAGUCUCCAGCCGCAGAUUGACGACACGGUGACCGCUCUGAACAGUCUAGAAACGCUCGAUUUGGACUUUGCCAGCUACCAUAUCCAGGAUGCGGUUCCGUCAUUGACGGCGUUCGACCAGUUCCCUAUGGAAUUUGCGGGUGAACUCUCGAAGCUCACUGCGGGUGAACUCUCGAAGCUUUCUUCUACGAUCGCUCCCAGUCUUCGCUCAGGCGAAUGUGCAAGUGUGAAGGAGUUGCCCUACGUCAGGUAGUAAAUUAUUUUUAAAAAGUAAGAUAUAAGUGAACUAAUUUUUUGCAGCUACGACUUCCUUGCAACGGCUUUUAUGGCAAUAAUCGUUGGUGCCUUGAUCAUUUUGGGUUUGCAAUCGGUAUUCCGAAAAAAAAUCGAAAUUGAGUUUGGUGCGUCACCCACACGUUCACCUCUAAAAUCACUAAUUUGCAGAGCCAGGGAACUCGAAUGAGCACGUAUUUCGAGCACCCGAGCAGAUGGUCAAGCGUCUACGCUUCCUGAUACAGAACGGGAAGCACCCGCGCGCCUACGGUAUCAAUCUUAAAAAGAUGAUUGAAAAACUUGCUGCGGGCACGCAGACGACAACGGACAGCAUGUCACAGUGGAGGUAAGAUCGGGGAAAGAGAGCGACGACGAGUCGAGGAGUGAUUAUUUGCAGGCGAGAAUCCACGCAUUGUCACAGAGGAAGCUCGCAUGUCAAAUUGGAAUUGCAUGACUUUAUUCAUGCGAAUUUCAUGAGAAUCGGAAGGCAAAAUUACGUCAUGGCGCAGGUGAUAAUUUUUAUGAGAUUUUCGUGGCGAGACUCGGCCUCACAUUCAGAUAUUGCUUAUCCGUUUUGCUAGGCAAACGCGCUCCGCUGCACUCAGUACUUCCCCUUUACCAUUUUCGUUUUCAAUUGCAUUCCCCCGAUUUUGCUUGAAGUUUCAUUGAAAAUGGUCGUUUUUCUCACUUUUCCUGUUUUAUAAUCGAACAUUGAACACUUUAAAUGAUUUCUUAGAAGAACUACCGAAUAUUGACCGAUUUUGCGAAAAUUCGGGCUUUUCCGAUUUCUCAAUUCUGAAAAACGUUUAGAAUGGCGAUUUUGUGCAUUUUCCCUUCCGUUGAAAGAAAAAACAGAUUUGUGUCGGCAAUUUUUGCUAAAAACCUGGGAUUUUUGUGUUUUUCUGGUUUCUCUAUCGAAAUUUCUUGUCGAUCUAAUCGUUAUUCGUGAUAUUUUUGGCUCCGAAAGAUCUCCGAAAGGUUUUAAUAAAACAGAAAUAGGAAAUAAGCAUUUUUAAUAAAAUUUCAAGCAAAAUCGGAAGGACGCAUCCCAAUUGUGUGUAGAAUUUUGCUGGCCAGUGCCCGGUCUUAAAAAUUGCGCUAUAUCGUUAGCCUUUUUUUUCGCAAAUUUGACGAGUGUUACUUUAAGGCACCAAUGGAUGGAUCCGAGGGACGGCACGCCAGAAGCAACGUUUUUAAGACUUCCACUAUUGAGCCGCACUAUGAGAUGAUCGAGGAGAAGGUUGUGAAGCGAUGCGUCCAAUUGUGCAAUUUUGAAGAGGGCGGCCAAGUGAAAUGCUCCGUCUACUACCCGCAAGAACUGAACCAGGAACAAACGUGGGGAGUGUACAAGGUGAAGACGGUCGAAAUUCAAACCAAUCUGGAACGGUUCACUGUCGACAGGCAACAUUUCAGUCUGUACAAACUAGAAGUCAACAACACGUGAGUCACUUUUUCGUCACGGAACUUGAGCCCAAAUAUUUAGGAUGAAUUUUGUUUGAAUCGUGAACAGAAAAGCGUGAAAUUCUAAAUUUUUCUGCAAAUAUAAUAUUUUUUUUUCUGCAAAUAUAAUAUUUUUAUUUGAAAUAUUUUUGCAACGAAAGUUUCUCACUGACACUGGGUUUGAAAACUUUCGAAAAACUGGGAAAUUAUUGCAUGAAAUUUUGCGAGAAUUUGGUUUUUUCUCAGACGGUGCAUUGAGAUUCGUUGACGGUUUGAAGUUUUCAGCAAUACGAACACAAAGUUCGCCUUCGAAAUCCUGCGCUACUUUGGCUGGCCCGACAAGAGCGCUCCGUUCUCGCCGAUCCCCGGCGUCGAAAUCGUCGAGUACCUGGAGCAAGACGACGAGACGGUGCUCGUGCACUGUUCCGCCGGAGUCGGCCGCACCGGAACCAUCGUCGGCAUCAAGAAAGGCGUCCACAUGGCCUUCACGAGCGGUCUCCCAAUGUUUGAGAUAUGUACGUUUUCAAAAUUAUUCAGGGUUUUCAAACUUUCAUACUUUUUCCAGUAGUAAUGGAGAUCGUCACUCAUAGAUCAAUGGCCAUUCACACAUGUGCGGAGAUCUUCUACCUGACACUGUGUGUGACUACAAAAUUAUUAAAGGUGAGACAAAAGUGAAAGUGAAACGGUGCACCGUUUCCACCGCGGUGGUCUUUUUCUCUGAAAUUCGAGGCAUUACUUCGUGAUAGCGAAAACCGAAAAUCGUCAAAUCGAGCGGGUCUCGUCACGAAUUUACGAAUUUUGUGACUAUCUUCACUACCAGUGUGUACUUUCUAUGGUCUUUCGAUACAUUUACGAAAACUUCGAUGAUUUUGAAAGUGAACGGUUUCUCAGUGAUGGCUCAGUAAUUGACAUUUGCGUUUCACGCAUGCAAGCCGUAUGCCGUCCCAGUAUUCGCUUUAGUCAAAAGAACAUGCCUCGAAAACGUGAAAGGAGCGAAAAGUCGGUGAAAAAAUUUAUUUAAUUUCAGAUCAGGAGAGGGGAGGAAUACUAUCCGCUUCUCGACGAAAUCACGUACUACUACCAACAAAUUUUGCGCGGAGACGUUCAAACCGACGAAAACAUCAACUACAAGUCCGAGAAACAGAGAGAUUAUGACAUCGCGGCAAGGGACUUGUUUGUAGAAAUGGCCAAGAGUGAGUACGAAGUGAGAAAAAAGGCGUUCGGAGGACCGCGACCGGAACUUGAGCCGAGGGUGCCGAAAGCCAUAAAAACCACAAAUGUGAAGGAGUCGACGGGAACCAAGGGGCAGAGCAAGGAGAAUGAUGAGAAUGACUCCAAGGUGAAGAAGACAGAUGAAGGACCAAAGGAGAAGGGCCCGAGGCAGAGCAAGAAGAAUGAUGAGAAGGACUCCAAGGUGAAGAAGACGGAGAAGUCGAAGAAGACAGAUGAAGGACCAAAGGAGAAGGGCCCGAGGCAGAGCAAGAAGAAUGAUGAGAAGGACUCCAAGGUGAAGAAGACGGAGAAGUCGAAGAAGACAGAUGAAGGACCAAAGGAGAAGGGCCCGAGGCAGAGCAAGAAGAAUGAUGAGAAGGACUCCAAGGUGAAGAAGACGGAGAAGUCGAAGAAGACAGACGAAGGACAAAAGGAGAAGGGCCCGAGGCAGAGCAAGAAGAAUGAUGAGAAGGACUCCAAGGUGAAGAAGACGGAGAAGUCGAAGAAGACAGACGAAGGACCAACGGAGAAGGGCCCGAAUAUGAGCACGGACAAGUCGAAGACGGCGGCUGGAGGAAAGAAGAAGGCGAGAAAGACUAAGUCGACAGAGAAGUCCAAGAAGAGUGCCGCGAAGUGA